CGAUGAGAUUUCCUUCUCUCCGCCUCGAGGCCACCGUCGCGGAGCUCCUGGGAAGGAACCUGGCAUGAGCCUGUGCCUGCCCGUCGCGUGGAGAAGUAGCUGACCUUCCUCGGGGCUGCUGGCCGGGCGACCGCGGGACUGUCUCACCAUGUCCUCGAGCCGGAGUCAGAACCCGCACGGACUGAAGCAGAUCGGCCUGGACCAGAUCUGGGAUGACCUCCGCGCCGGCAUCCAGCAGGUGUACACGCGCCAGAGCAUGGCCAAGUCCAGAUACAUGGAGCUCUACACCCACGUGUAUAACUACUGCACUAGCGUCCACCAGUCCAGCCAAGCCCGGGGGGCCGGCGUCCCCCCCUCCAAGUCGAAGAAGGGCCAGACGCCCGGGGGAGCUCAGUUUGUCGGCUUGGAGUUGUACAAACGGCUGAAAGAGUUCCUGAAGAAUUACUUGACAAACCUUCUCAAGGACGGAGAAGACCUGAUGGACGAGAGCGUCCUCAAGUUCUACACACAGCAGUGGGAGGACUACCGGUUCUCGAGCAAAGUGCUCAACGGCAUCUGCGCCUACCUCAACCGCCACUGGGUGCGCCGCGAGUGCGACGAGGGCCGCAAGGGCAUCUACGAGAUCUACUCGCUGGCCUUGGUGACCUGGAGGGACUGUCUGUUCAGGCCGUUGAACAAGCAGGUCACAAAUGCUGUUUUAAAGCUGAUCGAAAAGGAGAGGAAUGGCGAGACCAUCAACACCAGGCUCAUCAGUGGCGUGGUACAGUCCUACGUGGAGCUGGGGCUGAAUGAAGAUGACGCCUUUGCCAAGGGCCCCACGUUAACGGUGUAUAAGGAGUCCUUUGAGUCACAGUUCCUGGCUGACACCGAGAGAUUCUACACCAGAGAGAGCACCGAGUUCUUGCAGCAAAACCCGGUCACGGAGUACAUGAAGAAGGCCGAGGCCCGGCUGCUGGAGGAGCAACGGCGGGUGCAGGUGUACCUGCACGAGAGCACGCAGGACGAGCUGGCCCGGAAGUGCGAGCAGGUGCUCAUCGAGAAGCACCUGGAGAUCUUUCACACCGAGUUCCAGAACCUGCUAGAUGCCGACAAGAACGAAGAUUUGGGCCGCAUGUACAAUCUGGUGUCCAGAAUCCAGGACGGCCUGGGGGAGCUGAAGAAGCUCCUGGAGACACACAUCCACAAUCAGGGCCUCGCGGCCAUCGAGAAGUGCGGAGAAGCUGCGCUGAAUGAUCCCAAAAUGUACGUGCAGACGGUGCUGGACGUGCACAAGAAGUACAACGCCCUGGUCAUGUCAGCCUUCAACAACGAUGCCGGCUUCGUGGCCGCGCUCGACAAGGCUUGUGGGCGCUUCAUCAACAACAACGCGGUCACCAAGAUGGCCCAGUCGUCUAGCAAGUCCCCCGAGCUGCUGGCCCGCUACUGUGACUCCCUGUUGAAGAAAAGUUCCAAGAACCCAGAAGAAGCUGAACUGGAAGAUACGCUCAAUCAAGUGAUGGUGGUCUUCAAGUACAUCGAGGAUAAGGACGUGUUCCAGAAGUUCUACGCCAAGAUGCUGGCCAAGCGCCUGGUGCACCAGAACAGUGCGAGCGACGACGCGGAGGCCAGCAUGAUCUCCAAGCUCAAGCAAGCGUGCGGCUUCGAGUAUACCUCCAAACUCCAGCGGAUGUUCCAGGACAUCGGAGUAAGCAAAGACCUGAACGAGCAGUUCAAAAAGCACCUGAGCAAUUCCGAGCCCCUGGACCUGGAUUUCAGUAUCCAGGUCCUGAGUUCCGGGUCGUGGCCCUUUCAGCAGUCCUGCACCUUUGCGUUGCCGUCAGAGCUGGAGCGGAGUUACCAGCGCUUCACGGCUUUCUACGCCAGUCGGCACAGCGGCCGGAAGCUGACGUGGCUGUACCAGCUGUCGAAAGGGGAGCUGGUCACCAACUGCUUCAAGAACAGAUACACUCUGCAGGCGUCCACCUUCCAGAUGGCCAUCCUGCUCCAGUACAACACGGAGGACGCCUACGCCGUGCAGCAGCUCACGGACAGCACCCAGAUCAAAAUGGACAUCUUGGCCCAAGUCCUGCAGAUUCUGCUGAAGUCCAAGUUGCUGGUCUUGGAAGACGAAAAUGCAAAUGUGGACGAGGUGGAAUUGAAGCCAGAUACUUUAAUAAAAUUAUAUCUCGGUUAUAAAAAUAAGAAAUUAAGGGUUAACAUCAACGUGCCGAUGAAAACGGAGCAGAAGCAGGAGCAGGAGACCACCCACAAGAACAUCGAGGAGGACCGCAAGCUGCUAAUCCAGGCCGCGAUCGUGCGAAUCAUGAAGAUGAGGAAGGUUCUCAAACACCAGCAACUCCUCGGGGAAGUGCUCACUCAGCUGUCCUCCAGAUUCAAGCCUCGGGUUCCUGUCAUUAAGAAAUGCAUUGACAUUCUGAUUGAGAAGGAGUACUUGGAGCGUGUGGACGGCGAGAAGGACACCUACAGUUACUUGGCUUAGCGCUGGCGGAGGCGCUGACCGUGCCCGUUAGCUCCUGCAGAGACUGGCCGAGCGGGGCCCGUGUCCGGCUGUCGGGCCGCCCCGCGCAGCCCUCAGACCGGCCUGGCCCGCGGGGCUGCAUGUGGCCGCAUUCCAACCCACCCACCGGCUCCGGCCCGCGGUCUGCGGCGGCCCCGAGCCGGGGAGCGCGCCCAGGCGGACCCACGCGUAAUCUGCUAUGAGAAACCAUUUGUAUAGUGUGUUUCAUUUUUUAAUGUGUGGAAAUAAAGGAAAUUAAAGGAUUUCUGUACAAGUUGCAUUGGUUUUAAGUUUUACUAAUUUCUAUAUGUAAAUAAAAGCUAUAAAGAUUAUGGA